AUGGCGUCUCCACCGCGCAGCCGGACGCCCACGUCCUUGCGCGCGGCACCCCCGCCGUCGCCCUACAGCCACGCCGACGACGAUCGUCCGAGCCCUACCACUUCUCCCCCCGGCUCGCCGUUCCCGUAUCCGUCGCCGCCUUAUUCCCCCAUCUCGCCGGUUUAUUAUCCCAUCUCACCGGUGUAUUCCCCCACCUCGGCGGGUUAUUCCCCCACCUCACCGGGGUCACCGGGAGGCCUGUGGUGGCUGUUUCCGAGCUUCUCUCCCACCUCGACGCUGGACGCGCCGCGGACGCCGUCCCCGACCUCGCCGGGUUACGACGAUACCCCCUCGCCAGUUUCCUUCUUCCUACCGAGCCUGCCGGUUUACAGCCCCAGCUCGCCGAGCGGCGCCCCCACCUCGCCGUGUUAUAGCCCGGACAGGUACUGGGAGCGGGAGCUCACACCCCAACCCCCGGCGUCGCCCGAGUAUUGCUACGGCUGUUCGACGCCGCUGGAAGAUUGCUGCUGCCCGGAGGCCGCCGGGACCGCGCAGCCGCGCAGUGAGACGGCGGCGGCGGAACACGCCUCUCCAUCGCCACCGCGCUCGCCUAUGCUUUAG